GGCAUCAGUUGCAUCGAAACUUCUGGAAUUUCCGAGGUCUUUCACCAACCUUUUUGUCCCCACCUUGGCACGUUCUCUCUCUCUCUCUCUCUCUCUCUCCGCGUCAAAUUAUAUAUCCAUGGCGCGCUGCACUGUACAGAUUGCUUCCACAAAAUCUACUUGCUUAACGGUUAGUGCUAGAUAGCGACUUUGCUUCCGAGAUCCAAUGGAGGGAGGAGGCGGAUACAGAGGACGAGGCAGAGAUGGAGGUGGAAGAGGAGAUUCGGUGGAGAGAGGAGGACCAGGAGGCGAUUGUAGCGCAAGAUCCAGAGACGGAGGCAGAGGUGGAUGGAGAGGAAUAGGUGGUGGUGGUGGUUAUCAACAGAGGCCGUGGAGGACUGGGGCCCAGGGGUGGGAAGAAAAACAACGACAGCAGCAAGGCGAUAGUAAUGAUGAAUCUGGUCAUUGGAGGUCUCAGGUGAUGGGAACCGCAUUGACGGGCGGUUCAGGAGAGGGCUCAAGCAGUGUUGGGGGUGGUAGCAGAGGAGCUUGGAGGCGUGGUGGUGAUAAUAGAGUGGGAGAAUUAUCGUGGAGGAGUGAUAGUGACAUUGAGCCCUCAGGGCCUGAACAGCAGCGAGUUGAUACCAAUGUUGAAUCGGGCCAGUGGAGGGCUCUGGCUGUGGGAUCCGCGUUGGUGGGCGGUUCAGGCGAGGGUUCGAGCAGAGUUUGCGGUGGUGGUAGAGGAUCGUGGAGGAGUGAUCAUAAUGCUGAGCCCUCACCUGAACAGCAGCAAGGUAAUGCCAAUGUUGAAUCGGUCCAUUGGAGGGCUCCGGUGGUGGGCGGUCCAGGCGAGAAUUCGAGCAGAGUUGGCGGCGGUAGUAGAGGAUUGUGGAGGCGUGGUGGUGAUAAUAGAGGGGGAGGAGAAGCGUGGAGGAGUGACAGUAAUGUUGAACCCUCACCUGAACAGCAGCGAGGCGAAACCAAUGUUGAAUCGGGCCGUUGGAAGGCGCCGGUGGUGGGACCCGCGUGGGUGGGCGGUUCAGGUGAGGGUUCGAGUAGCAUUAGCGGUGGUAGUAGAGGAACGUGGAGGCGUGGCGGUGGUAAUAGAGAGGGAGGAGAAGCGUGGAGGAGUGGGACAGGUAAGAGUCCAUGGAUUGCUGCUCCACCUGUUCAGCGUCAGCUCCAGAGAUCUCCACCUGAACGUAUAGCUGAUCCUGUUCUUCCAGAACUGCAAUCUCUGAGAAUGUCAGAGAAGGUGACAACUUUUCAAUCUGAACCUCUAGAAGAUUCAAACAGAAAUCUUCCGGUGAAACGACCUGAUGAGGGUGGCACACUAGCUACCCGAACAACCACGCUUUGUGUCAAUCACUUUCCUGUCAAGUUCAGUGCAGACACUGUUAUAAUGCACUAUGAUCUCAAUAUCAAACCAGAGGUGCCGCUCAAGAAUGGUCGACCUGUGAAAGUAUCAAAACCAAAUCUGUUGAUGAUCAGGAAUAAAUUAUCUUCUGAUGAUCCUGUACGAUUUCCCUUGUCGUUGACUGCAUAUGAUGGCGAGAAGAACAUUUUCAGUGCAGUAUCAUUACCCACUGGAAAAUUUUAUGUGCAACUCCCUGAGGGAGAAGACACAAGGGGUGGUUCAUAUGUAGUUACCAUCAAGCUUGUGAAUGAGCUCAAGCUUUGCAAGUUGAGAGAUUACUUAUGUGGUUAUCUUUUGUCGAUCCCCCGUGAUAUAUUGCAAGGAUUGGAUCUUGUAAUGAAAGAGAACCCAGCUAGGAACAUGAUCGCAGUUGGCCGAAGUUUUUUCCCAAGAGUACCUAGGGAAGGAGAUGAUCUUAGGUGCGGCAUCAUGGCAUCUAGAGGGUUUCAACACAGCCUAAGGCCCACCUCCCAAGGUCUAGCCAUGUGUCUGGAUUACUCAGUUUUGGCAUUUCGGAAGCGAAUGCCUGUUAUAGAUUUUCUUGGGGAGAAUAUUGUCGGUUUUGAUAUGCAUGAUUUCCGAAGGUUUAGGAGAGAAGUAGAUAGGGCACUGAAGGGGCUGAAAGUUAAUGUGACUCACAGAAAAACCAAACAAAAGUUCAUCGUGAGGGGCUUAACAUUUGAUAAUACAAAUAGGAUUCUAUUUGAUGUAGAAGAUCCAGAGUGCAAGAGUUCAACAAGGAGAAUCAGGAUUGUUGACUACUUUAGGGACAAAUAUGACAAGGAAAUUUUGUAUAAGGAUAUUCCCUGCUUGGAUUUAGGAAAAGGAAAUAAGAGAAAUGAUGUGCCGAUGGAGUUUUGUGUCUUAGUUGAGGGGCAAAGGUAUCCAAAGGAGCAUUUGAAUAGACAUGCGGCCAUAAUGUUGAAGGACAUGUCAUUAGCAAAACCAAAGGUUAGGAAGGAUGAGAUAUGCAGCAUGGUGUGCUCUAAAGACGGACCUUUUGGUGGAGGUAUGGUUCAAAAUUUUGGACUGAAAGUAGAUUCGAACAUGACAGAAGUUACAGGGCGCAUUAUUGAGCCACCUGAGUUGAAGCUAGGUGCUUCUGAUGGCAAAACAAUUAAGGUUACAGUUGAAAAAGUGAAAUGCCAGUGGAACCUUGUUGGAAAAUCAGUUGUGGAAGGAAAAAGAAUUGAUAGGUGGGGUGUUAUUGACUUCAGCUCUUCCGAUAGGGGUAAAUUCAGACUGGAUCGUGAUGAUUUCAUUCGAAAGCUUAUUAAUCGUUGCAAAGAUCUGGGAAUCCACAUGGGGGAUCCUUGUGUAUGUAAGCGCGCAACAAUGGAUAUAUUCUUAAGGCUUGACAUGCUGCGUGAACUACUUGAAAGCACGAAGGAAGAGGCUUAUAAGAUUUAUAAAGGUCAUCUACAAAUUCUUCUUUGUGUGAUGUCUAAGAGGGAUCCUGGUUACAAAUAUCUCAAGUGGAUCUCUGAGACCCAAGUUGGUAUUGUGACACAGUGUUGCCUAUCCACUAAUGCUAACAUGGCAAAUGACCAGAAUCUUGCAAAUCUUGCUAUCAAGAUAAAUGCCAAGCUUGGAGGUAGCAAUGUAGAGCUUAAUGACCCUCUGCCCCACUUUGAGGACAAAGGUCAUGUUAUGUUUGUAGGGGCUGAUGUCAAUCAUCCUGGUUCAGGGAACACUACAAGUCCAUCUAUAGCUGCUGUUGUUGCAACCAUGAACUGGCCUGCUGCAAAUCGCUAUGCAGCACGUGUCUGCCCACAAGACCAUCGAAAGGAGAGGAUUCUGAGUUUUGGGGACAUGUGUCUGGAACUUGUUGAAAACUAUGCUCGGCUCAACAAUGUUAGGCCAGACAAGAUUGUGGUCUUUCGUGAUGGAGUAAGUGAGAGCCAAUUUGAUAUGGCCCUCAAUGAGGAGUUGUUAGAUUUGAAGAGGGCAUUCCAAUCUGUAAAGUACACGCCAACUAUCACACUUAUUGUUGCCCAAAAGCGACACCAGACUCGUUUCUUUCCGGAAAGUGCCCGGGAUAGGAGUUCCCUUGGCAAUAUAUCUCCGGGCACAGUUGUGGACACAAUAGUAGUUCAUCCAUUUGAGUUCGACUUCUAUCUUUGUAGUCAUUAUGGAAGCCUUGGGACUAGCAAGCCCACGCACUACCAUGUCCUAUGGGAUGAGCAUGGGUUUACUUCUAACCAUUUGCAAAAGCUCAUAUAUGAUCUCUGUUUUACCUUUGCUCGGUGCACUAAACCUGUAUCGCUAGUCCCACCGGUCUAUUAUGCUGAUCUUGUCGCUUAUAGGGACGCCUCUAUUUUGAGGCAAUGGAGGGACAUUCCCCAGCUUCAACAGCAUCCACUUCCACAUGUUCAACGUCAUCUUCUUCGUUGUCAACAUCGUCACUUGAUCAAAAAUUCAAUUUUUUCAAGUUGCAUCCCAAUCUAGAAAAUAAAAUGUAUUUUGUUUAGAGGCUUGCAUCGGUGAUCCUUGAUCUCUUGCUCUUUUCUUCAGGAAGGGGUUAGGAUAAACACCUUUGUUGACGAUGCCCGAUGCCCUCCUUUCCUAAUGUGAAUUGGCAAAGGAGUUUGUGCGUGAAUCUAAUGGGUUAUGACUUAUUUUCGUGUC